CAAGAAUGUGCUGGAACGAAUCUCUGGAAAGUAGGCAUCAGCCAAGGGCUGGAAAGUGCUGGUUCUGAGCGGAGUGCUAGGCUGGCUGCAAACUUCCCAAGGACCCGAGGUGGAUUGUGCAACUUUCUCAUCCAAAAUGUUUCCUUAGGAUUCGACUCUUCAUUUCAUCCACGAUUCGUUUGUGUGUGUGUGUGUGCGGUUUAUUUUUUGUUACGGUGUGUCCAUUCAUUGGUGAUUAAUUCACGUUGCAUUUGGCUUUGCCCUGGACUCAUUACGUCAGUUGGUUUUGUUGCAGUCCACGGGCUGUGAUUGCUGCAGGGGUCUUGUUGAAAGCGUUUGCUGCUUUCAGGCCAUUGCUAUGAUGAAUAUAUCCCGCUGAUGCUAAGUGAGGCUGACAGAGCAGUCAUCGCCUGAGGAGAGCCGAACUUUGGGUUAAGGAAAGUCUUUGUUCCCCUAAUAUUUAUCUUAGGCGUUGCAUCGAUCACUACUUGUUUUUCCCCCUGUAAAGACGCAUUAAUAGCUCAUAUAAGCUUUCACCAUUACUUCCAAAAGUAAAGAAUUACUGGAUUUGGCUUCUCGGAUAUUCCGAAGAAAGCACCUAAUUGCAGCACUAGUGGGUACGGUCAUGGUGCUGAUCCUGCUUGUGAUUAUCCCCACGCUGGUCCACAGUUCGAGAGCUGCAGCUCACUAUGAGAUGCUGGGAACAUGUAGGAUGAUCUGUGAUCCUUACAACUCCAACCCCAGCAACACGGCUGUGGAAGCUAUGCGGGAUUUCAGCGCUAUCCCUUCACCGCCCUUCAUCCAAGGACCGAAAGGGGAACCUGGACGGACGGGAAAGCCUGGCCCACGCGGUCCUCCGGGCGAGCCCGGUCCCCCGGGUCCAAGGGGUCCACCGGGGGAGAGGGGUGACCCGGUUAAGGACGUGUACCCGGCGCUGAAUGGGGCGGCGGGGCAGGUGACUGGGGCGCUGAGCAGCACCGCCAUCACUAGUCCGAAGAUCGCCUUCUAUGUCGGUUUAAAGAGCCCCCAUGAAGGAUAUGAAGUGCUCAAGUUUGACGAUGUGGUCACAAAUUUAGGAAAUUACUACGAUUCCACCACCGGAAAGUUUACGUGCGCUGUACCCGGGAUCUACUUCUUCACGUACCAUGUCCUCAUGAGAGGAGGUGACGGGACCAGUAUGUGGGCAGAUCUCUGCAAAAACGGCCAGGUUCGUGCCAGUGCGAUUGCCCAGGACGCAGACCAGAACUACGAUUACGCCAGUAACAGUGUGGUGCUUCAUCUGGACUCUGGGGAUGAAAUUUAUGUCAAACUAGACGGUGGUAAAGCACACGGCGGCAACAAUAACAAAUACAGCACCUUCUCUGGUUUCAUUUUAUACCCAGAUUAAAUGACAUGAAAAGGACAUUGGGAAUAUAAAUGAGAUAUUAUGUAACGGUGUUUUCCUGUCAAUGUCGCUUUGUCUGUGGUUACUUUUCCUUCAGACUUUUUUUUGUACUGAAUGCGAAAGUGUGCUUGUUCGUGUCGGCCAUAUUCGUGAGCAAAGCGUGCUUGGCAUAAGGCGCAAGGCUUAAUAACAAUGCAUUUCAUCAGACAACUUCUGCAUGGGCAGUCCUUGGGAAGAAUAUAAUAAGCUGCAAAACUGGAUUGUUCAUUCUAAAAGCAGAACACUGCGGGUGUUGGAAAUCUGGACUGAAAACAGAAAAUGCUGGAAAUACUCAUCAGCCUGGUCGAAGGCCUGAAUGAAACUCCCUUCCCAGAUGCUGCCUGAUCUGCUGGAUUUUUCCAGCCUUUUCUUUAUUUAUUCUGGAUUUCUUUAUCCGGUGACCAUACUGUAGUUACCAAGUUUUGUGUGAUGAUACACAGUAUUGGUAACGUGCUCUCACUGUUUUACAAGAAAUAUCCAAUCAUUAUAAUCCAAGCCUUUAAUGUAAUGUUACAACAUUAAAUGCCAUUUUCUACAA